AUGAGCGAAGAACCUAAACCAACACUUUUGAAAUUUGAUGCACCAGUUGCUGCUGGUGGACAACCUAAAAAGACAAGGCAGAUUCCACAGGCAGGAGAAACUGGUUCUGACGCCCUUUCUCGCGAUGUUUUAGAUUCAAUUCUUCCUCCACGUGAAUAUACAGUCGAUGGAGAAAAUCUUAUUCAAUAUGUUAGCACAACACCAGCAAAAAGAACAGACGUUAUCGAACUUCAAGCACAAUUAGAUAAAAUGUUAGAAGAAAGAAAAGCACGCGAUAAAGGAAUUUGCCCUGUUCGCUCUGAACUUUAUGGCCAGUGCUUCGAUGAAAUUAUCCGCCAAGUUACAAUUGACUGCCCUUCUCGUGGCUUAUUACUUGUACGUGUUCGUGAUGAAUUACGAACUACUAUUGCAGCAUAUCAAGCAUUAUAUGAAUCAGCUAUUAACUGGGGUAUGAGAAAAGCUACAGCUGUUGAAGCUGGAAAAGAUGAAGUCGAAGCUGAAAAUAUUAAACUUUUAGAGGAAAAGAAAGCACUCGAAUUAAGAUCUGCAGAACUUCAAGCACAGAUAGAAGCUAUUGAAAAGCGCGAAGAAGAUUACAGAGCUCAGAAAGAAAAAGAACAUGCUGAUGAAACAGCUUUCUUGAAGAGACAAACAAACCAGUUGAAGGCACAGUUAGAACAGAUGCUCCAGGCUAAGUAA